AUGCCCGACUUCAUGUCGAUCAAGAAAGUCUGGGGCAAGCUCGACUCGGGCAAAGCAGACCAGCCCAAGCCACCUGCAGCGUAUAGUCAAGGCAUCGGCAAUGCUCCCGCCACCCGACCCGCCACGAUGAACGCCCCGGAUCAGCGUGUUGCCAAGGUCAACCUCUUCCUUCGUGCGUUCCAGACCUUUUUCGCUCUGGUGACGCUCCUCAUCGCCAUCUGGAUGGCUGCUUUCCAGGCCAAAUGGGUGGGCGGUCCCUCUGGUCUCACGGGCCUGCUCCUCUUCCUUGCUGCAGCCAGCUUCUUCGCAUCGACUGUCUUCCUCGUGGUGCCCAUCAUCUGCGAACGAUCAGGACAUAAGAAGAUGAAGGGCCUCACCAGCGCCUUGUCUGAAGCACGGGUGGGUCUGGUCAGCAACGGCGCAUUUGCCUUUUUGCUCAUCAUUCUCGCCACGACGCAGACCAUCUCGGCCUACAUUUCACCGGGCUGCAAGGACCCUUCCAAGGACCCGAACGCAGCUGGCAAGGACCGCACCGAAUUUGUCGAGAAGCUCGAUGGCUGGUGUCGCACCAAGCGUGCCGAGGCCGCCUUUUGCUGGUUUCUGUGGAUCUCGUGGGGCCUCUCGUUGCUGCUCUUCCUUCGUCAGUGGAAGCUGGAACGCAAGAACGGACCCCGCAUUCCGCCUUUCGUGCACCCCAGGGAGGACUCGGCUUUUGAGCCCAUCGACGAUUUGGAUGACGACGACGUCUACGACGAGAUGAAAGAAUCGGCAAGGUACGGCGACGGCGGUGACGGCAAGUACGUUGCACCACCAAAAGCUCCAGCACAAGCACCACAGAUGCCUGCAUACGAUCGACGAGGUGCCAACCCACUGGCCGACAUUGAAGCUAGAUACGGCAUGUCUCAAACGGCCUUCUCGGAUCCGUUCGCUGACGAGCGAAAGGCAGCGCCCGCCUACAGCCGUCCUUCGUACGACAACAAUGCGUAUGGCCCUCCCGGUGUGCCUGGUGGCUAUGCUGCAGCACCAUACAACAAUGCAAACCAACAGCCCUACUCCGGACGCCCUGGUCCACCACAGCUGCCCAACUUAAGCUACGGUCACCGAUAG